AUGAGACAGCAUACACGCCCAUGGUUGGUCGAGACCCCGCCGCCGAAGCGUCACGCCAUGCACGUCGAAUGCUCCCUAGUUUCCGAGAGGUGGGAGGAGCCGCUGCCAUCGAGCUUGAGCGAUCAUCGAAGGGGUAUUACUAUGAGGGUAUUAUUGUUGAGCUGUCCGGUUGGUGAGGCUACAGACACCUGUUCAUACCACAGCAUGCCGAGGAAACGCCCCCAGACCCAAGCCUCGUUCACCAACGACCUACCGCCAUGUACGGGACCGAAACUACACCAGUUCCAGCAUCAUCGAUCUCCGAUACAAUGGAUGGAGAGGCUAGAUGAAGACAGGGGUGACGGCUCCAGUGCCGAGGCUUAUAUAUUCCGGGCUAUUAUACGUAAGAAGCAAUAUGCUAUCAAAGUGUUCAAAUUCUACGACCCUUGGAGCUCUGAGUACUACUGGGGCCCCCUCCUGGGUGAAGACACGCCUCUGGACACGGCAGCUUACUAUACCGACCCCUUUUUCGCCGAGUGUCGAGCGUACGGUCGAAUCGAAGGUGCUCUAAGGAGGGGGAAGUUGAGGGCUGGAAUUGCGGUUCCUUGCCAUGGCUACAUGUUCCUGAAGAAGGCGGAUGAGAGAAUACUAAGCGAUCGAGGAGUAGACCUAGGCUUGGAUGAUGUCGACAUUGACUUUCAGCAAACGGUCGAGGGCGGUUGUCGACCGAGAGCCAUCGUCAAGGACUUUGUGCCAGGAGACUCUGGCGUCAACGAGAAGAGCGCAAAGAGGAUACUCAAAGGCAUAAGAGCUCUAAAUAGGCAAAAGGUGUACAACAGGGACAUUCGGAUAGACAACUUUCGGAACGGGCAGCUGGUCGACUUUGGUUCUUCGUGGACGGAGCCGCACGUCCUCAUGGAUGCGCUGGGUGCUCGAGACGUCAGGGGCCAAAAGGCUUCUGAUCUGGCCUUGUUUGACGACAUGAUUGAGGAUGAAGGGAUUGUGACGGAGGUGAGGGGGUUGCCGAAUUCAGAAUAUUGUACCAAGCUGCGGUCGUGGGAUAAUUAG